GUGAUUUCCAAACAAAAAGCAUUAAUCGUCGGUUACCUCGUAGUCGCCGAUUUCAGCCUCGAUUCGGAACUCAUCUUCACUCAGCCGUGAGAAUAAGCUUGCGAAUUUCUCAGCGAGUGAUUGCAGUUUUUGACGAGAAAACAGACACGCCGCGAACUCCUGUUAGCCCAGAAAUUGAAGUUUUCUCACCGAUCCCGUGAUGAGCUUGGACGGCAGGAGCAAACCGAGCAACAAGAGUCCACGAAAAGGAAGGGCCUCGUCGGCUGGGGCCUCGGACGACGAUAUAAGCGUGAUAGCAGUGAUAAAGAAGGGCAGUAAUUCUGCAGGUAUUCCGAAACGAGCGAGGUAUCACUACAUCCGUGAGCUGCCAUUGGCCGUGGUAAAGUCGUUGAAAAAGUCGUUUCAAAAAGCCCAAGAGACUCGGACCGCCGUUUCGAAUACUCGGGAAUCACUCCGCGGGCCCCUAUCGGAUGGAGAUGUGAAAAAACCACGAGUGAUCGAGCUCAGCGACCAGGCAUCCAAGAUGGAACUUCGUAGGCAAUUCAAUGUCCCCGAGAAGGAUGAAGACGAAGAUCGAUUGAGCUCCGGUUCGGGACCCACGGGACUCUCCUCCGUACCAGUUCACAAACUUCCUCCAGGAACUGUUCUUAUAAAACAAGAACCGAGAAUGGAGAGCGCCGACGGAAACGCCGGCGCUUCCGUCGUCAGGACCCCGGAAGCCGAUGCAGCCCGGAACAACUCGAACGGAAGCUCGGCUGAGGCAACGACGGCCACAACUACGACAACGACUGGUAGCAGCAGUAGCAGCAGUAGCGGCAGUAGCGUCAGUAGCUGUGGUAGCGCUAGCAGCAGCGGUGGCUUUGAGUCCCGAUCCGCCACACCAUCCAGCAAAGUCAAGCGCACGCACAGAGCAGCGAGACCGAGUGGCGGAAAAAACAGAAUUCUCGACGUGGUUCCAAGACGAAAUCCUGCGCGAUGUAGUUCGAAGAAAAAUCCUGCCACAGCUGGAGUAGCGGCAGCGACGUCCACCACGUCGACGACGUGUCCCCGACAACGGCAGCGACUUCUCGCUACCAGGAGACUAGAGAGAAACGAAGGAAUUACCGAACUAGGAACCAGCAGAAGAACCAGACCCCCAACCACACCCUACAUGAAUACCAGAUCGGUUACCAGAAAGCUCUACACCGUUGGAGCCACCUAUCAGGCCCCGACUCGACAGGAUGAGACUGAAUGGCGAGAGUGGCCCGUUCACGGCAUGCACGAAAGACCCGUUUUCCAUCCUCAGGUUGGACUAGCAGCGGGUUAUGCAGGUCGCAUUUUCUGGUCGAGCACUGAUACCGAAGGACUGGACUGCACGUAUCGGGAGGUUCUGGAAGGACCGGACGAGGUAGAAGUGGUGUCGGUGGAUCCACGGCCGAGGUGCACGCCGCCGACGUCGUCCCCCACAUCGUCGAGAUUCCUCCAAAAGCCACCUUCGAUCAAAAAUGCUGUUCAGCCCAUCAUCGAGGGCUCGAACGCAUCCUUUAGGGCCUGCAUGCACGAAAGCCUGCAUUCGGUGCUGGCUUACUGCGCUCAGGUAAUGUUGCCCAGCUACCGUCGCAUUGUCGGAAAGAAACGGCGUCACGACGCCGAGGCUCGGACUCAACUGGAUGAGGAACUCAAAGACGGAAAAAACACAGAGCAAACGGCUGCUAAUGGGCAGCCGCUCGGUGCGGACAGUCUAAGCCUUACGGAGCUUGAGGAUUCGUCGAUAAGCGACGAGACGCUGAUGGAGAUGUCUUCGAUAUACAAAAAGCUUCUACCGAUGGAGGACUUGCCAUCGAGUCGCGAGGACUCACCGCCUCCGCCGAACGAUAAUCGCGACAAGAAACCGAAUGACGGGUCAUCCUUGAUCGUCCGGAACACCAGCGAGGCCUCAGAGAUCGCUAAGAUUCUUUCGGAGUAUAACGAAAGCCUGAAGGAGCCGGGAGCUGGCUGUCUUGCCGGUCGAUCCUUGAGCCAAGGAUCGAAGGACGGGAUGAAUACGAGUUCCGGAGAACCGGAAGUGAAGCAAAAGACGUCGUCGAUCUCUGCAGAAGACACAACUAGAUCUUUAACACGAGAACCUUCGAACGCCACGACGAUUACCGCCAGCGAGGGGUUCCAAACUCCUGAUCGAAAAAAUAGCGACCAUCAUUGGCUCGAGGAACUCCUCGUUGACACUAGUCUUCUCUAUUGUGUUGCAAACGGGGUUGGACACCGCGACCUCACUCAAUAUGUUGACAGUCUGGAUGCGAAACAGAGCUUGCAGUGGCUUCGACCCCGCGAAGGAUGAAAAAGUUUCUUCCGUCGUUCCUUGAUGUGCCUUUUUUAUAAUUCCGUGAACUGUUUCACAAAUUCAUUUUAGUACUCAAGUUAGAUAAUCAGAUGAGAAAUAGUCGAAUUGAGUA